AUGUCUCCUCCAGCAGCAACAACAUCGACUAAGUCAACUAGUGACGGGCAAACUCCUAAAGAAAAUGGUUUAUCAAUGGAAAAAAAUCCGCCUGUAACAACAUCUCUAUUAAAUAAGAUCGAAAAAGUUGUUGUUCAUCCACUUGUGCUGUUAAGUGUUGUGGAUCAUUUUAAUCGUAUGGGUAAAAUAGGCAAUUCACAGCGUGUUGUAGGAGUUUUACUUGGUUCACUUACUAAUAAGAUUCUUGAUGUUUCAAAUAGUUUUGCUUUACCAUUUGACGAAGAAGAAAAAGAAAAAGAUGUUUGGUUUCUUGAUCAUGAAUAUUUAGAAAAUAUGUAUACUAUGUUUAGAAAAGUUAAUGCUCGUGAACGUAUUGUUGGUUGGUAUCAUACAGGUCCUAAAUUGCAUCGUAAUGAUAUUUCAAUCAAUGAAUUAAUUCGAGAAUAUCAUCCUGAUUCUGUUCUUGUUAUUGUUGAUGCUAAACCAAAGGAUUUAGGUUUACCUACGGAGGCUUAUAUUGCCGUAGAAGAAAUUCAUGAUGAUGGAAGUCCAGCUUCAAAAACAUUUGAACAUUUACCAUCAGAAAUUGGCGCCGAAGAAGCUGAAGAAGUUGGCGUUGAACAUUUACUUCGUGAUAUUCGAAAUGCAACGGUUGGUACUCUUUCUCAACGUAUAACAAAUCAAUUAAUGGGUCUUAAAGGUUUAACAAAAAGUUUAUAUGAUGUACGUGCUUAUUUGGAUAAAUUAUUAGCAAAUAAAUUACCAUUAAAUCAUCAAAUUUUAUCUCAUAUACAAGAUAUAUUUAAUUUACUACCUGAUGUAACACAACAAGAUUUAAUAAAAUCAAUUUAUGUUAAAACAAAUGAUGAAAUGUUACUUGUUUAUCUUUCAUCAUUGAUUCGUUCAAUUAUAGCCUUACAUAAUUUAAUUAUGAAUAAAAUUCAAAAUUCUGAUGCUGAAAAAGCAGAUAGUACGACGCCAAAUACAACAACAACAACAACAAUAACAGCUGAGAAAAAGCCAGAGAAAGGAAGUGGUGAUAAAUCAACAACAAAUAACAAUUCUAGUUAA